UUUAAAAAAGGACCUGCCGACGCAAUGCGUUUGAAAACGACAAUCUGAGGAAAAGGCAGGAGUGGUCCAUAGGACUGCAUUUCCCAUCUUUCCCCGUGGCGAGUCCCCUCCCCUUUGCAUUAUGGGGAUUGUAGUUCGCUCUUCGCUCCGAAGACAACGAAAAUGUCUGAGGUGCGGCUUCCCCCGCUUCGGGCUCUAGAUGAUUUUCUGCUCGGAUCCAGCCGGUUGGCUUUCCCGGACGUGCGGGAUCUCCAGCGCUGGCACAACCGCGUCAUCAAUAACCUCCUUUAUUACCAGAGCAAUUAUCUGCUGCUGCUGGGCUUGGCGCUGAUGCUGGGCGGGUUCUUUUGCCCUGGACUGACUCUGCUGAGCGGUGCCCUCAUCACUCUGAUUUUUGUGGGUUUCGUCUGGACAGCUGAGAACAAGGCUCCUGUGCGGCGCUUCAGGCGGAAUUACCCUGGCACCUGUGUCUUCAUUAUCCUUGGCUUGGCAUAUUUUCUGGUGUCUCUCUUGGAAGGCUCUGCCACCUUCUUGAUUUUCUUCGCCCUGCCCAUAAUGUUGAGCCUCAUCCAUGCCUCCCUGCGUCUCCGAAACCUCAAAAACAAGAUAGAGAACAAAAUGGAGAGCAUCGGACUCAAGCGCACACCCGUGGGACUCCUCCUGGAAGCUCUAGGGCAGGAACAGGAAGCUGGGUCUUAAGACAAUUGCUACGCUUCCCUCUUCCCUCUGGAAACACAGUACUUUCCUUCCUUCCUUCCAGCGGAUGGUUGAUUCUCCUCCACCCUUGGCCUGUGUGCUUAUCUCACUCAACCCAAUUGAACAACCUGGCUAUGAGCAUAUGUAAAAAAUGUAUUAUUUUCUCAGGAUUAGAGCAGAAGAUCAUUGGAAGCCCCAAGCUCAGAGUAGCAAUUAAUGAAACUUAGGAGGGGAGUAGAAAGAGAAAGCAGAGUGGAAAUCAAGGCAGUGUUUCUCAUAAGUACUAAAUGUUGGAAUUCUUACCCAUUUUGGUUUUACAGAUGCUAGAGAGGGAGAAGCAGCAAGUAAGAUUAAGGAAAGAGGAGGCCAUUAGAAACAAUCUAGUAUAAAAUGUUAGCCUGUAGAACUCCUCGGGACUUGACAAAGCAAGCAGAUAAGGAUCAUGACUUGAUCCUAGUGCAAAGAGAAGUCUGUUAGCAAGCUGAAAGGCAGUUUAGUUAUAGUGGUUUCAAGGGAGAGUACUCCUUGCAAUAGCUGUAAAAAGGUUAGUGUGAUUUAGCAUUUUUGUUCCACAUUUAAAUACUGAAAAUGGUUUACGUAAAACAUGCCACUAUAAUUCUUAUAACAGCCCAGCAGUUUAGGUCAGUGUUAGUUAUCUGCACUAUACAGGUGACGGGGCGAGUCUGACUCUCUGGUUCCAUUCUCUCAGUUCACCCAACCCAUUUAGAAUGGGGGCAAGAUUUCAAGUGAAGCCUCAUUCCGUAGUACAUCAGCUCUGUAAAAUUUAUGGUCUCUUGAUUUUUAUAGCAAGAUACAAGGCUGCAUUUCCUAUUAGACUAGUUCAUUAGGGAAGAGAGCUGUAUUGCAAGGUAGAAAAUCAUUACAAAAACCUGAGCCUUAACAUGCAUAAUGUGGGUUAGAAAUUCAUGAACUUUAUACAUCUCCCUUAAUAUAUGCUUUGUGUGGAGGGGAGAGAAAAUUCCAGACCAGCAGGCAAUAGCCAAGUAACUAUGUUGUAAGCUUAAAAGUAUACAUUACUUUUCAAAUGUGAAAAACUGAGUCCAGGUAAUUGCUAUUUCAUCUCUAGAUUUCUUAGGUAAGCAGAACUUCUCUCCUUCAGGAGCCAAAUUAGCAAAGUUGUAAAUGACAUUUUUUUCAUGGCAUCUGUCGUAUUCAGUCUGUAUUUGGACGCGAUCUUGUAUGAAACUAAAGCAAAUGGACCAAACUUAGUGAAGUGCAUAUUUCUAAACAGUGUAAGAGAACUAGCUGAGAGGUAGUGUGUUAAGUCAUAAAUGGGGGGGGGGAGGGUAGAGAGUCUUUGGUCUUCCAGAUGUUUUGGACAUAACUCCCAGAAAUCUUAGUAUAAUAAACAGGAAAAGGAUUGUGGGAGUUGCAGUAAAAAAAAAUCUGAAGGACCAAAGAUUCUGUAAUCCUGUAAUAAAUGAAGAUGGUAGAUUUCUUAACUAUUGUCAAAAAUGAGUUAUUUUGUCAGAGGAGCCCAAAUACUGUGCCUGUCCAUUUCUUUGUUUAUGCAACCAGUUCUUAACUUGGUUGAGAGGAGAUCAGUUAAAUGAAUUGGCUAAAUUAAUGUAUUGCUUGAUAAAGAACAUAAAAGCUGGUUUUUAAAAAUUGCUUUAGAGGCAAAGGGGCUAUUUCUUGCCCUCCAGUGUAUUUGUAUUAUAAUGCCUAUCAGCCCCGUCCAUGGGGCCUCUGCAAGCUUGAUGGUAAAACCUAGUCUGUAUCGAUUAAAAUGUAUAUACCUUUUUACAGUAUUAAAACUGUUUACCUAUCUUACCUCAGGAACAAUACAUAGUAAAACGAGUGCUCUCCUCACACUUAAAAUAGUGUACCAGAAAGCCUAAGCUGAUGAGGGAGACUCUCCCUUCAUCGCGGAGAGGUCAUUCCUGUCAAAAAAGAGGGGCAUGUAGACACUGAAAGGAUAUUCCCUCUCCCGCACACCAGAGGUGUAGCCACAAGCUUCGAGAAGGGACUGUUUGGAGGCGAGGAGCCGUCGGCUGCUGCAACCACAGUGCCACUUCUCACAGGUAGUAACUUUGGAUGAUAAGGCCACCAUUUCCCCCGAAGCAUGGAUGACAAGAAGGGAUGAAAUGCUCUGAGGUCCCAGGUUCCCCAUUCCUGGCCUACUUCCACUGAGGAAACUCACAGAAGUAAACUAACUUUCUUUUUUUCUCUACUCCCAUCCUUCUCUUUAGGGCUUGCUUACUUACCUCUCUUCCUGUCGUAUAACCAUUUGUUUCACUGCAAAUGCAUGGCAUGACAUAGGCUGAUAGCAAGAAAAGGAACUCCAUAGCUGUAGGCCUCUUUUUUUAAAAAACAGUGUAUCAGAUCUGAAGGUGCUCGCUCUCUGAGUCAGGAUGCCAAUGAUGUGAUGUAAGUAUUUAUAUACCUAGAGUAUGUUGAGCAUCAUUUUCUGCCAAUCUUAUAGUGGGAAACUACCAAUGUCCGAAAUGCAUUUUUAGUCAGAGUGCAAAAUGGGUACAGUCCAUGACAUAACACUAGCCAGGUAUAGCACGCACCAUGGCACAGUACCUGAUUUUGCCAGUCUUGAGGGCGUGCACGUAUCCGUGAAUAGCUACCACAUCUUCACACAGCAUGAAGGAUUUCCAGAAACAAGAUGACUACAUGACAUUCCCCAUAGCUGCUGAAUGUACAUGGACGAAUCCAGUUCUUACAAUUGAAAUCUAAGGAAGUCAAAGGGACUGUUAAAUUCUUACAGCUGCCACCUCAAGUAUAGAUGCUCAAUGGUAUUUGUUUCCAUCUGAAUAUGAUGUCCAUUACCUUUGAAUGGUUACUUCUUUGUGGUCCAAAUCAUUUAGAAUAAUGUGUAAAAUGGUGUUAAAUGUGGCUCCUAAUGAUAUUAGAUACUGAAGUGUCUAAUUGCAGAUGUAUAUUUUUACAAUAGACAGCUUUGGAAGUUGAUCCAUACAUAAAAUUGAUGUAAAGGGCUUGUCACAAAUGUACCUUUAGUACGAAUCAGACCAGGGACAGCAUGUGUUGCAUCUUUCAAAACACACGAACAAAUGUUAGCUAUCCAAUGCACCUUAUUUAUUGUUCUUUUUUAAACAUUUGCAUUCUCUUAAAAAUAAAGUCUUGUGGUAGUUAUCAUGUUA